AUAAUUACCAGUAAAAGUUCUAUUAUCAAUUGCAAGCAUCACUCGACAAAAUGUUCAUCAAGCAUAAUCUAUUUGAAUCAAUAUCGGUGUUUUUGAUACUGCAAGUCUCGCUUAUCAUUGUUAUUGCUGAUGAAGUCGAGGAAGACUGGCAUCAAUUUGACGUCAAUUCACAAGAUGCCAAGCAAUUGACCCAAAACGCUCGUAAUGAAUAUUCGUACGUCCACAAUGAUAGCAAUGAGCUUGCCGUUGCGGAAAUUAUCAGUGCGUUUUACAAAUUAACAUCAGAUUCAGCAGUUCAUUAUCAUAUCGAAGCUAAAUUCGGUGAAACCGAUUGUCCAAAGGGCUAUUAUGCUGACACAUGCAAGCUACUUGAAGAAGGGGUUGUUAAGAAAUGUGACAUUUCUGUCUAUCAUCCUUAUCAUGCAAGCCGUUAUACUACAGUCGAGUGCAGUCUAUCUGAAAAUUGAUCUUUUUUUAUUCAUAAGUCAGCUAAUGAAUUUAUUUCUCAAUGUAUCUGUUGUAAAAGUGUAUGACAUUGCUCUAGCUGUCACUAAUUUUGAAUAAAAGUUGAAUAUACCAUAAACUAA